AUGCCAUCAAUAUCUCCCUCCUCAACGACUACUCUCGACGAGAGCAUCAUCGCAAGAACCUACAAUGCCGCGAGCAAUAUACCGCACAUACAUUAUUCCCAGAAAUUGCAGAGAGACCACUCAACGAACAAUAUCGGUAGCAGGACCACACAGACAGCAUUCGAUCGCGCAUAUCAACUCCAUGCACGAACCUCUCAUAUGGGUAUCCUCGAUCCUGCGUACAAAGUCUUCACCAGUCAGAAUGGCUAUGGGUCGUUGAUCUAUAAGAUUCAGGCUAGGACGGUCGUCGUUGCGGGCGAUCCCUUAUGCUCGGAAGAAUGUCGAAAACCACUGUUGAAUGAGCUUCGCCAUUUUCGCUGGGCUCGUGGUCUGACUCUUGCAUUCGUCGGAAUCAGUGAGGACUUUGUCAAGUAUGCUCAACAACAAGGUUGGGCGACAAUGCAUUUUGGCCAUGAAAGAGCCCUCAACCCGCUUACGAACAAGGUCCUUCGAAAUGAGGCAAGCAAGCGGAUGGUCGCCCAGAACAAGCAGCUGCUUGAUCCAAAGCGUGGAGGUAUAUCGGUACACCUCUACAGCCCGAGCAUGAGUAAAGCCGAGUGUGGUCUGGAAGAUCAGUUACAGAAGCUUUACGAUGACUGGCGGCAGCAGAGGAACCGGAAAUAUGGAGGCAGGUUACAGGCCUUUGUGACUGUCUACAACCUUUUCUCGCAUCCCGAAUUGACAAUCUUCUUAUACACAUCUGAUUGCAAAAGCCAACUCAACGGAUUUGCGACACUGCGGAAACUCGGCACACAGACUGGAUAUCACAUUGAUCCUUGCAUCGCAUCUCAGGAUGCUCCUCGAGGUAUCACAGAUCUUCUUAUCGUCACUGCCAUGCAGUUACUCAAAAGUUCCGGAAUAGGCUACUUGAGCCUAGGUUUUGAGCCACUUCAUAAGGUUGAAGGGAUAAAUGGGCAAUCAAAACUCCAGUCCCGGCUCUGGAAGCGUGGCUACAACCACAUGAUUAAGUCUGUGCCUGUGACAGGCAAAGCAGCAUACUUCAAGAAGUUCUAUCCGGAUGAGUCACUGACAUCGAAACUGUUUAUAUGCCUGCCUAGCAAAGGAAUCCCUCUUCGAGAAUCAAUCGCUCUACUACAAUUCGCGAACAUGAACAUCCGGCAGCUCUUUACUGGAGCAAGUCCAACAGACCAACAUGGCGAGAAACAACCAUUAUAA